CAAACUUCAAGAAUGUGCCUGUGAAAUGUGAAUCACGAAUUUCAUAAUUAUUUCACUGAAAAGAUCACAUAAAACGGUAAAUUCUUAUCAGCCUGUCUAGCAAAAAUCGAUCUGCAUGUGGCAGGCUCAAUGAAAGUGGUUUUUCGGUGUGAUAUCUGGGAUUUUUCGUCUGUUUGGUGUAGUAAGCAAGUUUCAGCGCAGACAUGCUCGAGUGCCUUAUAAACGGGCGCAGCCUCGGCUGGCGGCUCAGUUCGAUCCAACCAACGAUGUCGGAGGUUGCUAACCAGUGCUCAGUAGACGUAAACAGCUUGUUCGAUAUGGACGCAUGUUACGAAACUUUUGACAAGGAUGGAGAUGGACAACUAAACCUCGAUGAGUUCAGAUUGAUCUGUCGUGCGUUGUUCCGGAACGACAAAGGCCACAUCUACCCUCUGUCCGAAGAAAGAGCGCGGCACAUCUUCCAGGUGUUCGACAAAAAUGACGACGGGUUCAUCGACAAAGACGAGUUCACCUUCUGCUGGAAUCAUUGGAUCAAAGUGAUAGUGCGUCCAGUGAGCGCGUUCCUGAUCGUGGACGUGCAGAAUGACUUCAUCUCGGGAACUCUCAACAUCAGCAAAUGCAACGCGCAGCAGGACGGCAGCGAGGUGGUUGAACCCAUCAACAGACUGCUGGAGUCGGUGCCGUUCGACAGCGUGUUCUACUCGCUGGACUGGCACCCGCCGGACCACGUCUCCUUCAUCGACAACGUGCACAUGCGAGAGCUACAUCCUUCCAGCCCCGUGUCAGCGGACAAGGCGCAGGCAUACGACACGGUCGUGUUCGCGGGCCCUCCGCCAAUGAAGCAGCGGCUGUGGCCGCGACACUGCGUGCAGGACACGUGGGGCGCCGAGCUGCAUAAGGACCUCAAGAUCGUAGAAAACGCCGUGAAGGUGUACAAAGGGACGAAUCCAGAAGUAGACUCGUACUCAGUGUUCUGGGACAACAAGAAACUGACUGACACAAGCCUCAGCACGCAGCUGCGCUCGCGCGGAGCUACCGACAUCUAUAUAUGCGGACUGGCCUAUGACGUCUGUGUUGGGGCAACAAUCGCUGACGCUUUAGCCAUCGGUUACCGCGCAAUCCUCAUAGACGACGCGAGCCGCGGCGUGGACCUGGCGGACAUCGAGCGCACCAAGCAGACCAUCAUCAACAACAAUGGCGUCAUCGUCGAAUCGCAUCAGAUAUUAGCGAUGGUGGAAGGACGCGACCGGCGGCCGGAACUAGGCUACAAGCUCGCCAUGGAACUGAAGAGCGCGAUGGAGGACGAACAAUGAAUCGUUAUCAUCAAAAAGAGGGUAGAACCAAAAAUAAUUACAUGAAUGACAUUUCCAUACCAAUAUUAAGAAUGCGAAAGGUGUUUGUCUCUCUGUUAUAUUUGAUAUCCCUUGUUAGAAAGAUGUACUAUUUUACUUCUAUAAAUUUCUCCAUAUUAUUUCUUUCUUAAACUUUUUUUUUAAUACAAAAAGUUAGAUAUGACAUAAGUAUCAUGUUUGGACUGAAAACUGAAACAAUGAUCAAGUUCAAGUUUUUCUUAUUCCACGAAAAUCCGCGUGAUAAAAAAACACAGGUAGGUAUCUACCUAUGCACCGGAUUGUAUUGUAGGUUACCGAUAGCAAUCUUCGUAGGGUUUUCCGCCCAAUCAAUUUUUUGUUACAUUUGUUAUAAUUUUAUCAAUCAUGUUAUUGUUUUAUCUACUCAAAUCUGACUCUUGAAAAUAAUAAGCACCUAAUACCUCAGUAGGUACCUACCUACUGCCAACUAAUCAUAAAAAAACACGAAUCUAAUGUAACUAGCUGAUUUUACGAUAAGAUACCUACCUACCUACUACCUAUAAGUGGGAUUUGGCUUGUUAGGGUUCAGUAGGAUAGCAAGGAAUCACCAUUUCCGUCCGUCCGCGGCUUAGCAUGUCUGUCUGUCUGUUAAGAAAACCUAUAGGGUGCUUCCCGUUAACCUAGAAUCAUG